AUGGUGGCUAAUGCAUUGUCGAGGAGAGAGGAAGAAAGUGAGUUGGUGGAAGAAUCCUUAGCGAUGAUAUCUUUUCCUAACAGUGAUUGGGUCAUGGAAUUGAAGGAAAGUCAUGAACACUCCCCUGAGGUACAGGAAAUGUUUAAAAAACUGCAAGAGGACAGUUCAACCUUAAAAGGCUAUCAAAUACAGGAGGGGUUACUACUAAAGAAGAGAAGAAUUGUAGUUGUGCCCAACUCUUCCUUCAAGAGUAAGGGCAUGAAAAAAGACAUCAAGAGACUGGUUCGGGAGUGUGACACCUAUCAAAAGGUGAAGUACAAGACAACCCCACCUGCAUGGCUGCUACAACCCUUGCUAGUGCCCCAACAGGCUUGGAUAGAUAUCUCUAUGGACUUCAUAGAGGGUCUGCUUGUAUCCCAAGGCCAGAAUGGAAUUGACCUCCACCACAAUUUUGCUUACCACCCACAGACUGAUGGACAAACAGAGGCCCUAAACAAGUACGUGGAAGGGUACCUAAGGUGUUAUGCAGAGGUUAAGCUGUAG